AUAACUUGGUCUUGGAUAAGGGCUUGGAUAUUGACUGAAUAGUUUUGACUUUCUUUUAUCACUAAAAGCAGCUGAAAGGAGCUCUUCAUCAUCAUUAAGGCUCCCAUGGUAUCAUGAUUAUGAGUCCUUCUUGAGGAAUUGUCUGACUAGGACAAACACAACAGUAUCAGAAUAAGGAAAAAAACCCUGAUUUCAUCCCUGAUCUUCCUGAAGGCCUGGACUCUUCCUUGUUUUUUCCUGCAAGAGAUGGUUUCUCCUUCUAUGAGACAGACUGGGAUCCUCAAACACACCAGUGGUUCUCCAGUUGUCAUCACAGCCUUGAAAGCAGUAUAAACUGGAGGAAUGAAAGAGUGGUCUGUGCUCAGAAACCCCGUGUUCAGGUGGACCUGAUUCUGUUUUCUGCCUAUCUUCAGUGUGGAGAGUUGUCUUGUCCGCCACCUCCAGAGCAGGGAAGAGUUUCUUCCUCAGAAGCCUGAAUACAAUGAAUUCUGACUCCAGCUCUGUCUCCAGCAGAGCUUCCUCGCCAGACAUGGAUGAGAUGUACCUGAGAGACCACCACCACCACCACCACCAUCACCACCACCAAGACAGCCGGCUCAACUCGGUCUCCUCCACUCAGAACGAUCUGGUGCAGAAGAUGUCUGGGGAAGGCCUCACCAGGAACGGUUCCAAGGCCGGAGGGGAAGGCAGCAAGUACAAAAUCAAGAAGCAGCUUUCGGAGCAGGACCUGCAGCAGCUGCGGCUGAAGAUCAAUGGCCGGGAGCGAAAGAGGAUGCACGACCUCAACCUGGCUAUGGACGGGCUGCGGGAGGUGAUGCCCUACGCUCACGGACCUUCUGUGAGAAAACUCUCCAAAAUCGCCACCCUCCUGCUAGCCAGAAACUAUAUCCUGAUGCUCACCAGCUCCCUGGAGGAGAUGAAGAGGCUAGUUGGGGAAAUCUACGGGGGACACCACUCGGCCUUUCACUGCGGCACGGUGGGACACUCCGCCGGGCACCCGCCCCACGCCGCCGGCACCGUGCACCAGGUGCAUCCCAUCCUCGGCGGCGCCCUGUCCUCCGCCAACACCUCCUCCUCCCUGUCCGCCUCCCUGCCGGCCAUCGGCACCAUCCGGCCCCCGCACUCCCUGCUCAAGACGCCCUCGACGGCCCCCGCCCUGCAGCUCGGCAGCGGCUUCCAGCACUGGGCGGGCUUGCCGUGCCCCUGCACCAUCUGCCAGAUGCCGCCCCCGCCCCACCUCUCGGCCCUCACCGCCUCCAACAUGGCCAGGAUCUCGGGGGACACCAAGGACCUCCUCAAGUGA